AACUUGCGCAAAUUUUCUUUCAACAUCUCGCGACAUAAUUGCUUUUUUUUGAUUUUGAUAUCUCCAACACCAGCACCACUGCUGUCGCACUGCAACAAGAUGAACAUGCUGACCUGUAUAGUCAUGAAUGCAACAUCGUGACCUGUAAGUAUAGUCAUGACUGCACAGAACCGAACGUACUAGAUGCCGUAUACUAUAAGUAUCCAAGCGUCAUGUCUUUGUCUCUGGUCCAGCAAGUCCUUCUGUUGAUGACUCAACAAUUUACGCUGCGGAUGAAUCAACAUAAGUAUGCACUUGUGCAGUCUUACUUCAGCUCUUCUAGCGUGGUACUUUCUCUUGAGUUUGUACUUAACUACAAAUACCAAUACUAAUGGUUGUUCCUUCCUUUUAUCGAACCAAUGAAAGUGGUGUCUGUUCUUGCGCCUGUAGAGGAAUUUCCGACUUUUUACGAGUUGUACUCGUUACGAGUCAGCUGCCUUUUUGCUUCUUGGUCUUCAACACUCUUUUUGCGAUGCUAAGAUGUUGCGAAGAUACUCAUUUUAUUUCUGUACUUGAGGACCGCCAUGAUUUUUAUCCCUUAUUAUACUUGUUUUCAUCUCCACUCGUAACGUGAUCACUGAGCAGAACACAAAAUAAUGGCAACGCCUAGUAGGACUGAUGUUAGCUGCGCUGGUUCUAGCGCUACUAGAACUAGUACUGGAACUACCCGUUUGUUUGCUAGUGCUAGCGAGUUGUACUAUCGGACUUUUUUCAUUUCAAACCUUGUGACGCGGCAUCGAAAUCGUGUUUUACGUAAUCGGUAUUUGCAACUUUAUUUUCGGGCAGAACAUCAACAUUUCCAACCGUCAUCGCCUUCGUCCGCCCUGUCCUGCAGCAAAACUGAGGAUGAGGCGCUGAAACGACGAGCUGACGGGUUUUCGAAGUAUAAUACGUUCUACACGGACCUCUUUGAGGACGGCAGAUCUUCAGCCGACAAGAAUUAUAUUCUUAUUCCCAUAGCGAUAUUAUUAGCGGUCGAUGACUUUAAUAUCCUGCUUGCAAAUAGUGCUGUGACUCCUCUGAAUAACCGGUUUCACGAUGUUUCCUCCAUCUCGACAAGCGUUGCAGGAGAUCACGAAGAUGAAACCAGUGUGCUUCUUGCCACGCCACCAAUCCGUCUCUGCGAUACUGCUGCAGAGCGGAACCGCCUUGUGCUGGCACAGCGACAUUAUCUUAUGAUAUUAAAUAAUUGCAUAAACAUGGGGUGGGGGAAAAGGACGAGAUUACUACUUAUUUCAUACAAUUUUGAUUUUUCAAUGAAUUACUUGUUUUUUGAUGGAGACAGAUGGAUGUUGAAAAUGAAAACGAGAACUACCAAUGAAUGUUAUUUGAAGACUGUGAUCAUUUGAUGUUGUUCACUAUGUUGUAUUCAUCCUGAAUGAGUCGAAGAUUCGAUUUCUAAUGAACGCGGCCGCCGUCUGGAGGCAUGGACCCGGUACAAGAAAAGUGAUCGGCAAAGUAGUGACGUGCAGGCGGAGACGAAUGAUGUGUCCAUGUCCAGCAUGAUCCGUAAGUUGCUGAGGGACGACCUUCUCCUUGGUUAUCAGCUCUUUACGUUCGGUCUUCGUGGUCCUGGCACUUCUGGUUCUGCUACUUUAGUACGUGGUCCAACUCCAACGCAGAAGAGAAAGAUGUCGAUGAAAUCGCUGGUGGAUGUGAAUCUGCUGACAGGGGAGGUAGCACUGCUAGCUGAAGAAGGCACUAAGCAGCAGCAGGAGCAGCAGCAGCAGCCUUGUUCUGGUGAAGAUGUUGAUACGGAGAAGGACUACGAGAAUGCCUUCGUGGCAGACGUGCGUGCGAAAACGCAACAGCUCCUACGAUGGAAUCCUGGGAGCAGUAGAGAUCGAGAAGAUGAAACGCAAGAAAUAGCUCAAGAUGUUGAUGAACAAACACUACAAGGAAAAAUAGCCAGGAACAGGAUGAAACGCAAACAGCACCUGUUAGCACAAUUGAAUUCCAGCUUUCUUCCACUUCCGUAUGAGCCUUUCCCUGUUCCAGGCGGUCGGUUUCGGGAGGUGUACUACUGGGACACGUAUUGGAACUCGCUAGGUCUCUUGGAAAUAGGCCGUGGCGACGUGCUGGAGAACAUGGUAAAGAACUUCGCGUACCUGUAAGGCUCAACAAGGUGAUUCACAUUCAUAGUGGAUCUUUAUGCAUCUUCACAGUGCUUGCUUCUCUUUUGUUUUCCACUUAGUAGAAUCUAAACCUAUAAUUUAAGAGAUCAUGUUGGCUUUAGACUUACAGAGAAUCAAUGAAUUCAUCUCGUGAGCUCCUCUAAUACUUUGUGAAUCGCUUCGGGUACAUUCCGAACGGGAACCGAGUGUACUACCUGAACCGCUCUCAGCCACCGAUGUUUGCAGAGUGCGUCCUCCUAUGGCUUCGUCCCAAGGUGAAGUCUGAAAACGACAUGGGAAGGGAACUACAACGCAAUCCACUAUUCUUGUCGACUGAUGACGAGGUAGUACUUGGAGGUCAGGUGCCUGGGGACGGUAGGGGGCAAGGGGGCGGCUGGUUAGAGACCUAUCGCUUGCUUUUGGACAAGGAAUAUCCAAACCUGGACGUGGCGAGGCAGAAUCUGAAUGCGAGCGAUCGCACGCUGUUCGAGGACUGUCUUGUGCCCGCUAUUCAGAAGGAGUAUCAGUACUGGAUGGCUUUCAGAAGUCUCUCCUUAUCUGAUGAUAAAAAUGCUCCUCAAGAAGAACAUAAACAAGAUGAAGGUGAAGAAGAUCAUGGUGAUCAUGUUUCUCAUCCUUCUCUAGAAGGGGCUGCUGCCUUAUCGAGGACGCAUAGAAAUGGUCAUGCUCAUCUUCAUGGUCCACGUCGUGUGGAAGUUCCUCGAUACUACAGCAUGAGCACAUUAAAUCACUACGAUUCGCAUAUUGAUGAUGCGCCACGAGCAGAGUGCGCCGCGCGCGAUAUCCAGCGCAGAGACGUCGAUGGCGGGUAUCGAGCAAUUCGUGCAGCGUGUGAGUCAGGAUGGGACUUCUCGUCUAGGUGGCGGUUGCUAAGCUACCUGGAUGGCGACGCGGAAGGUACUGAUGCAAGUAGAAGUAGUCGUUCUAACACUUUCUUGGGGGAUGAACAGCAAAGGCUGCAAGGGCAAGGCCGUGUUCUAAACAUCAGAGAAGAACAACAUCAGCAAGGACUGCAACAAGGGAGCAGGUCCCAACAUCAACAUCAAGGGCUACAACAAGGGAGGCCGAGGUCCUCAUCCUCUGCGUUGCAGACACCGUUCGUUUUUCCAACUGAUUUGCAGGCGAUCCUGCAUCGUGUGGAGCUGUUUCUUGGGACUUAUUCGCGUACAAAAGAGGAACAAAGACAUUACCAACAGCAGGCGGCGAAGCGGCGCGCCGCUUGUCGACGGUUCUUAGUAGAGCCGACUUCCCGUCGAUUCAAAGACUUUCACUUUGGUCUCAGGAAAUUUCAGCGGUUAUCGUUGUCAUACGCCUCAGAGCUCUGGCCUGUGUGGGGCGGUUUAGACCUGCCAGGAGCAUCUGCUACUUCAGCACCAACAUCAACUACAUCUUUGAGGAAGAGUAAAAACAGUUCCUCCUCCUCGGAAAAAGAAGGAGACGGUUCACGUUCCUCUCCAUCUUUUGCCCUCUGCUGGAAUGCGAUUUUACACCCUUUUCAUGCCCUGGACUCAGCAGGCCCAGCCGGAAGGAAAUCCACGUCUGCGCUCCACAUGAUAGUAACGUCGAAUUAUCAAGAAGAAAUUCCGCAAAGUGGCAACGAAGCUGUCGAACGGGAUCAGUGGGAUGCGCCUAAUAUCUGGCCGCCGCUUCAGCAUAUCGCAUCCAGGAGUCUAGCGUUUCUUCGCGAUCUAGAAGUUGCGUUGAUGUCUUCUAAAUCCAAGAAGUCGAAUCUUCUGCACAGUAUAUCGGAUCCUAUGAAGGACUUUCGCAGCUGCGUGGAGCACGUGUGGCAACAAGGAGCCAUUGAAGAAACUACUGGCCAGCACAUAUUCGAAAAAUAUCAGUGCAGCUCCUCGAGUAUUCUCGACGGUUUCGAAGGUGAAGGUGAAGGGCAACAAGGUCUGUCUGGAGGUUCUGGAUAUGAAUGAUGCUGUUUCUCCCAUUUGUAACAGACCAUCGUGUUCUAGGCUGCCCCUUUUUAUAUUCCCCUUUUAUGAUAACUGCACUGUAGGUUUUUGUUCUAAAGGGGGAGCCGUGAUGGUUUGUCUGUAGGAGAGGGGAGAAAAAACAUCAUUCAUACUGAAGGGGAGUACGACGUGCAAGUAGGGUUCGGUUGGACGAAUGGUGUAGUACUGUAUCAACAGGGACGAUGAAAAGGGCUGUCUCGUUACUCGUUCAUGAGUAUGAUAAUGAUGAUGAAUUCCAGUCUUUUUCUUUGUCCUGACAGACAAACUGCUGCGAGGCGCUCGAGCGGAUGUCACCAAUCGCAGGAAACACAGGAAGAAAAAUCUUGAUCUUCCAAAAUGAAGAAUUGAAAUCGAAAUCAGGACGACUCAGAUGAAUGAAAAGUGUUCAGCCAUUGUUCGACAUCGAGAUACUACAUAUGGAUUGGUCAUUUCUUGAAAAUGUGGAUAUGCUGUGAACAGUGUUCCUUCCCACUGGUAUCCCCUAGUAGGUUGAAUUCUAGUAAAUGUCUUGCAGCCGAACGAGAACGAGUGACACCUGAAGAAAAAGAAAUUUUUGUCUGCAUCCGCAUGAUAUUCAUUGCAGCACCUUCCACAUCAUGACAUUUGAAAAGAAAUAUUAGGAGGUUGGACUCUAAAAUUAAUAUAAUGAAGAUCGCCAGGAACACCUUACCUCAUGCGUAGAAAAGGAGCAUAAGCUCAAAAAAUAUAUAUGCACGAACUUAUAAGUUCUAUCGGCCUUGAGCGCUAGCCUAAACCUGCAAAAGCAGACCUAUCGAUAUGCGGCCGAAUUACAACCCUGCGAAAAGAGUUA